GCGCUAAAGGACUGACACUCCUACUCUGCCCACACAUACACACGUGAAUUGACGAUCGUCGCGAUCGAGGACUGUUUUGGGAGAAAUUUUACGCGCGAUCGCCGCAUCUGGAUCGGUGGGGGCUUGUGUGAUAAGAAGCAGUGCAUGAUUCGCGACGCGCCGCGGGUUCUCGCUGGUGGACGAGAGUGAGAGUUAGUGCAAGUGUGGUGAAAGGGGUGUCGUCGUUCUUGCGACAAUAGUGUUGCGAAACUCGCGACUCCAACAAAGGAAGAAAUUGGACCCCCGGUACCCUCGACGCGGGGAAAGGGUGACGACGCGUUCCCUUGCACGUUGAUUGGAUUUUCGACGGUUUGUUUUUGUGGCUCCAGGGACCAGCAGGGGCGUUGCGAUCUGCUAAUAGUGUUUCGGUUUGGAGGAGUGUGAUUCGUACAAUAGCUCGGUGGUUGUAAACAAGAAGAGAAAUAAAGGCAAAAAUCAGCGAGCGGUGAAAAAUUUCGCUUUUCAGAUUCGGUUGGGUGAAGAUCGAAUAUUCUGAGAUUUGGUUGUUGUGUGUUUUUUGUUGUGCUACUGCUGCUGGUGGUGGAGUGUUUUAAGUUGUGCAGACACAGCUGGAAGAAAAUAGCCGACACAUUGAAGGCAGCCUACAGUGUGGAAGAUUGAGCCUGAAAUCGAAAGGGAAGCUACUCUAGUGUGAAGUGAGUGAAGAAGGCUAGCGAUGAUGAUUUGUGGCAUGUCGAGUGCUUUGUGGUCACCGAGUGGAAAAUAAGCGACAGGAAGUGAGAGAUUUAAGUUUGAUUGUGUUUUGGCUAGUUUUUGUUUGUUUUUUUUUUUCGGGGAACCUUGUACAAGUGACAUAAGACGAAGACAUAAUGGAGGUGAAAACGGAAAUUCGUUCCAAGCCUAUUUUAAGUCCGACUAGAUCGUUGGAUGAAGGAUUCGAGAGCGACCCGGAUCGGAUCUCUACGGAUUCUGAACUGGCAACGGCUCAAACAGCUCCAGCUUUUGACGUGUUGCAAACAACGGAUCGAGAUGGAGUGCAACAUACGCAAAUUGCCCGAAGGAAUCAAGACAGUCCACUUUCCAAAGACAGUGGACCGGAGAGCAUCAUCUGUUUGGAUGGGGAAAUUGAGAAUGAAUUGCGCAGCAAGCUGGAGAAAACGACCUUGGGCAGGCCACCGUCAGGGCUUCCCAAGCAACCAUCUGUUUCCCACCAAUCUCAGCAGAUCCGUUAUCGCAGAAUUAAGACUCGCGCUCCUCCGCCACCCCUGGGAAGCUACCACUACCAGAAACGAUCCCAGUCCGUAGAUUCGAUGAACCGAGCCAAUAUGCACAAUCCGUACGGCAUAGAACUGUCUGGAAUGCCACCCGGGACGCAUCUCGAUUUGGUCAACGGCCAUGGCGACGUUCUGGCCGGGCGUUUCGUACGUGUUUCGGUAGAUCCACGUCACCAGUCUCAGCAGCACCAGUCCCUACAACAUCAACAGUUGAACCAUCCGUAUCGUAUGUCCUCGCUAUCGACCAACAACAUUUACAAGUACUGUCACGCAUCAACGCCAAUGACCGGCCAUCAGCAGCAUCUCCAUUCCCAUCCAAUGCACCACCAUCAUCAUCACCAUCACGGGAUGGUCGGCGCCAGCAGUAGUUCGUCUAGCACCAGUUCUCGCAGCAAUCUGUACUCGCUACCGCCGCAAUACCACGCAGGAUUAUCCGCGGCAUCAGCGCAAUCGGCAUCGAACCAGAACCAAUCAGUCCCGUCAUCGUCGACUCUAAUCCCAUCGCAGGCCACCGGCAGAAACUACAAACAAUUCAACCACGUUCCAGUAUGCUGGACUCAGUCGAUACCAAGGCAAACAAGACGGUACAUCACGCCGACCGUCUUGCCCCAGGUGAUAGCACCGCCGAACAAGUCCACCAGCACUGGCAUCUCGCAGAAGCUCCGGGAUCUGGCCACCUCGGCCGGGCUCCUGACGGCGAAACCACGACCUCCGCUCAAACCCGUCAUCAAGACGCGGGGUUCCAACAGUACCGAGUUCCCGAAGAAGGUGACGUUCAGCGCUUUCGCCACCGUUCAGGUCGUUUGACCCCGGUGGUCGAACUAGUAAAAAACUAGUGCAGCAGGGAGGACCAUCAACAACCCAGAACAACGAACAGACCCACACAAACCCAAUCCGGUUAUCACCAAGCGAAUAUCAAUUAUUUCAUGCAAUUAUCGGAAACAAUUUGUUAUUCGCCCAAUCGAACAUGCAAAAUCGACUAGACGACUGUGCGGAAUGACAGCGUUAGAAGUAGAGAAAUAGCAAUUAAUUAUAGGAGCCAGCAAAAACAGAUCACAUUAGAACACGACAAAUACACACAAACGAGUUACAUGAACCCCCCCCCCCCCCCUUAGGUUCCGCACAGAUUACACAAACUCACCUUCAGAUCGAUCGAUACAAAUUUCUUUCGUCACACUAGGGCCCCAACAAGAGUGCCUAUUCAUACCACCAGAUAGCGAUCGGAGUUCGGCGUUCCAAAUGGGCCGAUUGAGAACACAUUUUCCCUCCCCUCGAUUAGGCUGGUUCGGAAGCUUUCGUGUACCAGCCCAAGUCGGCUCAUUUUUAUCGUUUUGAUUUACAAGCCAUUUUAGCUUAAAUACCACUGUAGAGCCCGAGGGAAAAUGCUUUGCUUGAACUUGGUUACAUGUGUAUGCUAGAAUUGUACAGAAGUCUUGAAAGGAGUGAUAUCUCCAGCAUAAAAUCUCCUUCUCCAUCUAGUUCUACUUUUUUUUAUUAUUAUUUGACUGGCACCACGCUGGUGAGUGCGCUACGGAGACCAUUUCUGGAUGUGUUUUGUAUAAAUUGUACGAUUAAAGGUUUUUUUUAUUUUUUUUUAGCUAGAUAUUGUUAUUGUAGAAACCGAGUCUCGUGCCUCCGACGAGCGUGGAGCGAGGGAGUAGCAGCGGGAGGCACGAGACGAGAACCCAGGAACCAACAGCCAAUUAUAAGACUUAAUAUUUCUUACACCUCUUUUAACUGUUCGUUUUUAUUUUUUAUUAUUUUUUUUAAACUGUAGAUAGAUUUGUAGCGCUAGAUCGUUCGUUCAAGGAAAGAAAUUAAUGAAAAAUUAAACAGCAGCAAACGACCGUUGACCAAAUCGGAGUACACCGCGUGGCAAGAAAUGUCCAAGAUCUUAGAUUUGAAGCCGUGCCGGCGUAUUUGGAAUUUGAGUUGAGUUCGCUUUGCUGCGCUCUAGGGUCAUGUGUUUAGAUCAGUUAGAUAGUGCCAAACCAAGGUUUGGCGGCGGUCUGCUUUAUUGCACCGAAUGCAUAUUCAUAUGUUAUUCUUCAUAAAAAACAGAGAAAAGAAAAUCGAAACGUCACGAAGGGAGUCUAAUUCCGCUCAAGGGGGAAAGUUUUUCUACGCACAAAACAACGAAACGGGUUGCAAUGACAAACAAUUUAAUGGUUUGCACAUUCUUACCUAGCGGUGGGUGAGCGACGCACUUUUUGCUUUUAUACUGACUGCUUGACCUAGCUAAGGGUUCUGGGGGAAAUGAUAAUGUCACGUAGUUCUGGAUGGGCAUUAUUGCGGAAUGUUUAUUGUUGGUUUGGAUUUGGCAUAAACUGCUGUUG